AUGAGAUACACAACAACAACAAAUAUUGUUGUUGGAUCACUUGUGAUCAUGAUGAUGAUGAUCACAAUGGUCCACUCAUCAACACCAACACCUUCUGGAUAUAAACAUGUUGGUAACAACCCUAGACGUGCACCUUUGCUACCACAUCACCACAAGUUGGAAAGAGGGACACAGACAUGCCCUUGCUCAAACGCCUCGCUCUGUGAUCCACUGACGAUUGGACCACGCAAGGAGUUUGUCGGCUUCACCACGGCCCAAGACGCAUGGACCACCUACAACCUGGCGCACCUGACCACCCUGAUCAUGUUUACCGACCCAGACCCCCAGAUCAUCUGCCAGGCUCACGCGGCUGGCGCGCGCAUCAGUGUCGGCGUCGGCUUCGACGUCUCCCAGAUCUUCAACGAAACCUACAAGGAGAUCUUUAUAGCCAACACCAUUGGUGAGGUCACCUACAACUACUACGACGGCUUCAACAUGGACUUUGAAGCGACCCUCUUUGCCAACCAGUCGAUGGAGUCGGCAUUGUUCACCGAGUUGAUGAUCGAGCUCGCCUACCAACUCAAGCAGAUCAACGCCGGCUACCAGGUCUCGAUCGACCUGGCCCCCGGCCCCUACUGCUACUGGAACCGUUGCUACGACACAUUCGGCCUGUCACAGGUCAGCGACAUUAUGAUCGUCAUGGACUACGACAUGAACAUCAACGGCCUGGCCGGCGCCAACUGCGACCUGCCCGAGCUGGUCUCGGCCACUUCCGACUACCUGGCCAUCCACGUGCCCCCCGAGAAGAUCAUCAACGGCUACCCCUGGUACGCCUACAACUACACCUGCCAGAGCAACAUGACCCUGGAGACGCGCAACUGCUACUACGACACGACCUACCGCUGGCAGUCCUUCUACAUCAACCAGCUGACCUACUCCCAGAUCGUAACGUUGCUCAACACAUCGAUCACCACCAGCGGCAUGCAAUGGGACGACGUGACACAGACCCCCUUCUUCAACUUUGUCGACACAAGCUCCAACACCGUGCGCCAGAUGUGGUUCGACAACCCCGAUUCGCUCACCAUCAAGGUGCAAGCUGCCAAGAAACUUGGCGUCGGUGGUGUUGCCGUCUGGCUCUUGGACGACGUCGAUCCAUACAACCAGCCAACAGAGACUGCAGCAAUGUGGAAUGCAAUGUACUCAUUCUUUGAU